UGGCGAGUCGCUGGGGGAAACCGAGCAGACGCCUAGAGCAGCCCGGAGCAUCGGAAGGUGAUCGCGCUAGUCGGACCCGCGGAUCGCAGCCUGUAGAUCGCGGCCGGGGCCUGGAGUGGGUCCUGGGAUGGAAGUCUGGUCUUCACUGCCGGCUUGCAGCAACGGCCUUCACCUGCUUGCUGACCUGAACCACAGUUUUAGAGGCUUUCUCAGAAGCACAUGAGAACAGCCCCAAGUGAAGGGAUCCUCUUCCUGAAGGAGGGGAUCAUGGCUUCCUUGUUGCUCGCCCGGCGGGUAGCCUGCAGCUCCCAGAAAAGCUUCUGCCUCUUCACACCUGGAUCCAGAUAUAUCAGUCAAGCUGCUGCCAAAGUUGACAUUGAAUUUGAUUACGAUGGGCCACUGAUGAAGACAGAAGUCCCGGGGCCGCGAUCUCAGGAGUUAAUGAAACAGCUGAAUACAAUCCAGAACGCAGAGGCUGUGCACUUUUUCUGCAACUAUGAAGAAAGCCGGGGCAACUACCUGGUGGAUGUGGACGGCAACCGCAUGCUGGACCUAUAUUCUCAGAUCUCCUCUGUCCCCAUAGGUUACAACCAUCCAGCUCUGGCGAAACUCAUCCAACAGCCUCAAAACGCGAGUACUUUCAUCAACAGACCUGCCUUGGGCAUCCUGCCUCCAGAGAAUUUUGUUGACAAGCUCCGGGAGUCCUUGAUGUCGGUGGCACCCAAAGGCAUGUCCCAGCUCAUCACCAUGGCCUGUGGCUCCUGCUCUAAUGAGAAUGCAUUCAAGACCAUCUUCAUGUGGUACCGGAGCAAGGAACGAGGCCAGAGAGGUUUCUCAAAGGAGGAGCUGGAGUCCUGCAUGGUUAACCAGAGUCCUGGAUGCCCUGACUACAGCAUCCUCUCCUUCAUGGGCGCUUUCCACGGGAGGACUAUGGGAUGCUUAGCGACCACACACUCAAAAGCAAUUCACAAGAUUGACAUCCCUUCCUUUGACUGGCCCAUUGCUCCAUUCCCACGGCUGAAGUACCCCCUGGAGGAGUUCGUGAAGGACAACCAGCAAGAGGAGGCCCGAUGCCUAGAAGAGGUGGAAGAUCUAAUUGUGAAAUAUCGGAAAAAGAAGAGAACAGUGGCUGGAAUCAUCAUUGAGCCUAUCCAGUCUGAGGGUGGAGACAAUCAUGCCUCAGACGACUUCUUCCGGAAACUGAGAGACAUCGCCCGGAAGCAUGGCUGUGCCUUCUUGGUGGAUGAAGUUCAGACUGGAGGGGGCUGCACGGGCAAGUUCUGGGCUCACGAGCACUGGGGCUUGGAUGACCCGGCUGAUGUAAUGUCCUUUAGCAAGAAGAUGAUGACAGGGGGCUUCUUCCACAAGGAGGAGUUCCGGCCAAGUGCUCCGUACCGGAUCUUCAACACCUGGCUGGGAGACCCGUCCAAGAACUUGUUGCUGGCUGAGGUCAUUAAUAUCAUCAAGCGGGAGGACCUGCUCAGCAAUGUGGCACAUGCUGGGAAGACCCUGCUCACAGGGCUGCUGGAUCUCCAGGCCCGGUACCCCCAGUUCAUCAGCAGAGCGAGAGGACGAGGCACCUUCUGUUCCUUCGACACUCCAGACGAAUCCGUACGGAAUAAACUCAUUCUAACGGCCAGAAACAAAGGUGUGGUACUGGGGGGCUGUGGUGACAAGUCCAUCCGUUUCCGUCCCACGCUGGUCUUCAGGGAUCACCACGCUCACCUGUUCCUGAACAUCUUCAGUGACAUCUUAGCAGACUUCAAGUAAAGAAGCCGUUCCCGUGACAUUCAGAGAAAGCCUGGUCAGCGGUGUCAACCUGAUUAGUUUGCCUAAUUCAUAUUUUCACUUCCAAGUUUAUCAGAGGCAAAUGCAUUAACUGAGGGGUCAUUUGUGGGGCAGGCUCAUCACUCAGUGGUUGUGGAGGAAGAGCGGGUCAGGAGGACGUGGGUUUGAGUUUCCUCCCUGCAGGACUCGUGGUGCCAAUUGGUUAAAGCCCUUAAGUUCUGUGUAAGCUUGGACACUGUCUUAGGAAAGGCCAUGAGGCCAUAUUUCUGCCAACCCUGGACCAACCAGUUUCCUAGAAGCCACUCAACGCCAUUAUAGCUGCUCUGAGGGGGGCGGGCAGGAUCCUUGGGUCUCUGUCCAUCUCAAGUGCCCUGUUCUGGGAUUGGAGAUGCUGAUGUCCUCUUGUCCUCCAUGAACCAAAUCUCCUUGCUUCUCACCAAAUCCCUAGCUCCAUGCCCCACUCAUGUCUUAGUGAGGGUCUGGAUGGCUCUCAGGAAGAUGACAGGUAGGGAGAUAAGGAGUGUGUUUGAGGGAGAGGAGGGGGUUCUGGUAUCCUAGACACCAAGAUACACUCAGCCCUGUGCUCUUGGUGAUGUCCCUGGCCUGCGAAUUCUGUCCCUGACUGACCUGUGCUCCUGGAGGAUCUCUGAGUGGCAUCUGUGGUAGUUCUUAGGUGACAUUCUCCACCCUGAGUCAGUCUUGACCCGAGCACCCAGGGGACACAUGGGAGCUGCAGUUGCCUCUGGAGCCUGAACGGAGGAACACGAGCAGCAUAGCCACAGGGCCUCUGACCUGUGACCCCUCAUUCUGGGACCUUCAUAGUCUAGCUCUCACUCAUCCACCCUCCCGCGUCUCCAGAGCAGGGCUCUUCCAUCCCAGGAGACCACUGCUAGACUUCUUGCUAAAGGCUAUGUGUUCAUUAUAAAGGCAUAAGACAACACACGUGGAAAAGCAGCUUGCUGGUUCAUGAUGGUGUCCUUGGACUUGCCCUUCCCCACAACCCCACCCCACGCCACCCCACUGAGAGCCUGGGCCUUUUCUGAACUGGGAGCUUACAUUACCCUCAGCCAGCAGCCAAUGCUUAUGCAGGCUUCAGCAUCUCAGCUGGAGGCAUGGUGUUCUUAGAGCUGACUUGACCUGAGAGGCUCCUGAGAAGAGCCCCUCAUCCUUUGAGAGGCAGCAGUUAACAGAUAGACUGAAGGGGGCUGAUUUGUCUACUCCCAAAAUCUGCUUUGCAUCCUGGAGACCUUGUUGAGUAUCUGGAGAGACGGGUAUGCCGGGCUUCCCAGUUCAGCCCUUUGCUCUUGAAUCAUCCAAAGAUCUGGCUUCCAUGCGUCCUUAGGCAUAGUCAUCAAUGCACUUGCCUUGAGGAUGAAAGGCAUUGACAUGCUUAAUAGAGACAGCCGAUCCAUGAGUCCCAGGUCGCCUCACAACCCUGCAGUCUGAGACUCAGCCAUCCCUUUCCAUAGCCGUGUUUAAGAUCAUUUCCACAACCAUAUAAGUGAUGGGGUUUGCCUCCCUCCCUCCCUGUAAGAUUUCAUCCACCAGCAUGUUUAUUUCCACAUCAAUGAUUUAUUCAUUCAUCUAACUUUCAUGAAACACUGUGCUGUCCCAGGCCCUGUGCUAAACACCAGGAAUACAAACAUGAGAUAAAGCCCCUGCUCCCAGGGGACUCCUACUGUCCUGGGAACCACAGACCCUUUAAUGCUGAAGUCAGAGUUGCAUGUGUGCUCUAGCAAGGCUUGCUGAAUAUUAGUAAGUCCAAGGAACCUUUAAGGAGAAAGGGGUGUCUGAUCAGAAUUCUCCAGAAUGAAAAGCUAGUCAAGCACAAACAAGGAAGAGUAAGGAAAGGAGAAAGCUUGUGUAGAGGGCACGUUUGUUCACAGCCUCGGCCCUUUCCCCGGGGAACCAGGUCACCCAUUGGUUCAAGCAUGCUUCCUCCUGAGAGCCAUAGCAGCACACGCAAUGCUCAAUCAGGUCCUUGGCGUUCAAGGGUCUUAAGCUAGGACACAAGCAGAAAUCACUCUCUUUAGCGGAGGGAGUUGCUGAUGUUUUACUUUGUUCCACAGGGUGUGCUGACAGAAAAAUGGAAUCAUCUCUAGAAAGUCAUAUCCAGAUGUGUUGUUUGCCCCUUGCCUGGGGACGGUUCUUCUCAUUUUAAACAAACAAACAAAAUUUAUGCCAUUCAUCCCAAGUUCUUGACUUGGGCACAGUAUUUUCCUGAGAUGUCAUCUUUGGAGGUUAACUGAAAGAGUCCCAAGGAAAAGGAUUUCCACAAAACUCAAGAUGGUUAAAAACUUAGAAAAGGCUAGUGAAAAUGCAGGAAGCCUGGUGGGCAGAGCCCAGAGAGGCGCCUGUGAGCAGGUCUGGAUGCAGACCCAUCAUGCAUUAGUUUAGUAGAGUUUAGUAAACGUCUCUAGCCUGUUGUGUCAAUUUUGCAGAAAACAAGGCCCAGUACUAGCGAGUCUUAGAAGUCCUCCCUUUUUAUUAUAAAUGGGUGUUUUGUUUUGUUUUUAUAAUUUUUACUGAUGCUCAGUAACCAUGCAAAAUUGUGCACAUUAAUGUACUAAUUACUAGAUCUGUACUUAUCUAUACACAAUAUAUCAGCUCCCUGUAGAAAACCACAGCUAGCGAGCAUCGCAGACUCACGAAGACCAAGUGAUCUUGUUUACAGCAAUUGUUCAACAGUGCCAAUAAGUGACGAGGGAACUAAUGUGUCACGGUGAAACUGGUGACCAUGUGCACAACUCCACGAACUAAAUCUGUUUCCUGUGUUAACCGGUAUUCUUAAAUUAAAAUGUUUAUAAUGGAAA